UCCCCUGCUAGUUUUCCUCAAACAGAGAGGCAAAAAACAAAAAUGGCGUCGGAAACCGCCAAGAAAGCCUUCCCCUCAAUAACAACAUGCGACGUCUCCGCCGUGAGCCACCAGUCCAUCGCGGCGGACCUAGACGGGACGCUCUUGAUCGGGAGGUCCUCCUUCCCGUACUUCAUGCUGGUCGCGAUCGAAGCCGGGAGCCUCCUCAGAGGGCUGGUCCUCCUCCUCAGUUUCCCCCUCAUCGCCAUCGCCUACAUUUUCUUCUCCGAAGCCCUAGCGAUCCAAAUGCUCAUCUACAUCUCCUUCGCGGGGCUCAAAGUCCGGGACAUCGAGCUGGCCUCCCGGGCGGUCCUUCCGCGAUUCUACGCCGCCGACGUGCGGCGGGAGAGCUUCGAGGUGUUCGAUAAGUGCAAGCGGAAAGUGGUGGUGACGGCGAACCCGACCAUCAUGGUUGAGCCGUUUGUGAAAGAGUUUUUGGGCGGCGAUAAGGUUUUGGGAACCGAGAUUGAGGUUAACCCCAAGACCAAAAAAGCUACCGGAUUCGUGAAGAAGCCUGGGGUUUUGGUCGGAAAAUGGAAAAGGCUGUCCAUCUUGAAGGAGUUUGGAGAUGAAAAACCUGAUAUUGGGAUCGGCGACAGAGAGUCCGAUCAUGAUUUCAUGUCCAUUUGCAAGGAAGGGUAUAUGGUGCAUCCUAGCAAAUCAGCAACGCCGGUGCCGCUUGAUCGAUUGAAAAGCCGAUUGAUUUUCCAUGACGGGCGGUUGGUGCAGCGCCCCGACCCACUCAACGCCCUCAUAACCUACCUCUGGCUGCCAUUCGGCUUCGCCUUGGCCGUUUUCCGGGUCUACUUCAAUCUCCCCCUCCCCGAGCGCAUCGUCCGCUACACAUACCUCAUGCUCGGAAUCAACCUGGUGAUCAAAGGCCCCAGGCCUCCGCCACCCUCCUCCGGCCGCCAAGGCAAUCUCUACGUCUGCAACCACCGCACCGCUCUCGACCCCAUCGUCAUCGCCAUCGCCCUAGGCCGCAAAGUCUCGUGCGUCACCUACAGCGUCAGCAAGCUCUCCCGCUUCCUCUCCCCCAUCCCCGCCGUGGCUCUCACCCGCGACCGCCAGAAAGACGCGGACAUGAUCAAGUCCCUCCUCGAGAAGGGCGACCUGGUGGUCUGCCCCGAAGGGACCACGUGCCGCGAGCCCUUCCUCCUCAGAUUCAGCGCUCUCUUCGCGGAACUCAGCGAUAGGAUCGUCCCCGUGGCGGUGAACAGCAAGCAGAACAUGUUCCACGGGACGACGGUCCGCGGGGUCAAGUUCUGGGACCCCUAUUUCUUCUUCAUGAACCCGAGGCCGAGCUAUGAGGUCACGUUUCUGGAGGCGUUGCCGGAGGAGAUGACAUGCAAGGCGGGUGGGAAGUCCUCCAUUGAGGUGGCCAAUCAUGUGCAGAAGGUGUUGGGCGGCGUUCUUGGAUUCGAGUGCACUCAGUUGACUAGGAAAGACAAGUAUAUGAUGCUUGGUGGGAACGAUGGAAAGGUGGAAUCCAUGUAUGGUGCUAAGAAGAAUUAAUUGAUUAAGCUCAGGAUGGAUAUGAUAUGCAUGCAUGGCUCAUCGAUCAUCAAUAUAAUGCAGUGUACGCGUUUGAUAAUUAAGACCUACUUUUACUUUUGAAUCAUAUUUCAUUUGAGGUAAAAGAGAUCUUGAAUAGCCAGACUUGGGUAUGCCUCUAAUUACAAAUGUUAUUUCUAUAUGAAAGUGAUUUAAUUUUCUCUUGUGAUCCA